GGCGUUGUGACUCUGGUCAAUGAAGGAGAGAGCUUCAUGUUCUAAUAAGCGUCGUUUGCACACGCUAGCCUUGUGCUACGGGAGAAUAAUCCUUCCGAGUAUUGCUAUUUCUGUCUAUCGGCCUGUUAUGCCCCCGGAAGUAUGUUUGCCAUCUCGCCGCUGUAGAAGCUCACCAGGUGGUUAUAUACUUGAUGCGUAGCUUGUGAAAUAUGGUAUUAAAUGUUAAGCCAUUUUCUUCGUUGCAUAACGUGUAUUCGUUAUUGUCUGGUCAUUUAGGCAUUCGGAGAAUAUAAAAAACAUCAUCUCUAUAAAGAAGUCAUCACGAUGCGACGUUACGGAGUUACGCUACCAGCGCUUCUCUUGACAUUUGCAUCAAGCCUGGUUCUCGCACAAGAGAUUAACAGCCAGGUUGACAGCAGAAGAGUUCAAUUAAACGAUCCUGGCCCUGAGAAAUACAAAAUUUGGAACCGAGAACGAAAUGCACACGCAUGCAUCAUGUCCAUCGUCUUCAUUGUGCUCUACCCUCUUGGCGCAAUCUCUCUCCACCUCCCUCUCCUGCAUAUCCCAUAUCUCAGAAACACAUAUCUUCAAAACAAAGUCAUGGCGAUGCAUGUUCCAAUUCAGCUGAUCGGAUUCGUCAUGAUGAUUGGAGGCUUUGGUCUCGGCAUCAAGGUCGCCUCCUUUGUUGGCUUUCUCAGCCAUCCGGUGCGCGCCCACGUCGUCAUAGGUUUCAUUGUCGUUUGCACAAUCAUACUCUUUCAGCCUCUCCUGGGACUCCUUCAGCACAGAUAUUUCAAGAGGACGGGUGGCAAGAGCAAGUUUGCAUAUAUGCACCGCUGGCUAGGACGAGGCGCUAUCAUAACCGGCAUGAUCAACACAGGGGUGGGUUUUCAGCUGGCUCAAAAGAAUGUGAUAAUCCACACGAGUUCAUAUGUCAGGAGCUAUGUUAUUCUUGGUAUUUUGACAACUAUUUGGGUUAGUUUGAUUCUUUAUGAUGAGCGCAGAUGGCGCAAGCAGCCGCCGUUUCGGAUGGAGGAGAAAAGGGAGUCACAGGAGCAGCCACUGCAGUAGUAACACAAUAGGAAUAAUAGGAAUGCGAGGACUCGUCUUAUUUUAUUAGGACUGCGUUUAAUGAUACAUCUACCGGGAUCUGUUGUAAUAACCAGCAGUUAAUUUUAUUAGACAAUGAUUUAAUACAUGAAGCUUGCUAAACGCCCUGCCUUUGGCUGCGGUUGUGAU